AGCUACGGCAGCUGCUGCUGUGGCUCGGGCGGCGGCGGCGCGGCGGCGGCAGAGGGGGCUCCGGGAUCGGACCAUCCGCUCUCCCUGAGCUUUCCGCACCGCGGCUUAAAUGAUGUAUUUUGUGAUCGCAGCGAUGAAAGCUCAAAUUGAAAUUAUUCCAUGCAAGAUCUGUGGAGACAAAUCAUCAGGAAUCCAUUAUGGUGUCAUUACAUGUGAAGGCUGCAAGGGCUUUUUCAGGAGAAGUCAGCAAAGCAACGCCACCUACUCCUGUCCUCGUCAGAAGAACUGUUUGAUCGAUCGGACCAGUAGAAACCGCUGCCAGCACUGUCGAUUACAGAAAUGCCUUGCCGUGGGGAUGUCUCGAGAUGCUGUAAAGUUUGGCCGAAUGUCGAAAAAGCAGAGAGACAGCCUGUAUGCAGAAGUGCAGAAACACCGCAUGCAGCAGCAGCAGCGAGACCACCAGCAGCAGCCCGGGGAGGCCGAGCCGCUCACCCCCACCUACAACAUCUCGGCCAACGGGCUGACGGAACUGCACGACGACCUCAGCAGCUACAUCGACGGGCACACUCCCGAGGGGAGCAAGGCAGACUCUGCCGUCAGCAGCUUCUACCUGGACAUACAGCCUUCCCCGGACCAGUCAGGUCUUGAUAUCAAUGGAAUCAAACCAGAACCAAUAUGUGACUACACACCAGCAUCAGGCUUCUUUCCCUACUGUUCUUUCACCAACGGAGAGACUUCCCCAACUGUGUCCAUGGCAGAAUUAGAACACCUUGCACAGAAUAUAUCUAAAUCACAUCUGGAAACUUGCCAAUACUUGAGAGAAGAGCUGCAGCAGAUAACGUGGCAGACCUUUCUGCAGGAGGAGAUUGAGAGCUAUCAAAACAAGCAGCGGGAGGUGAUGUGGCAGUUGUGCGCCAUCAAAAUCACAGAAGCUAUACAGUAUGUGGUGGAGUUUGCCAAACGCAUCGAUGGAUUUAUGGAACUGUGUCAAAACGAUCAAAUUGUGCUUCUCAAAGCAGGUUCUCUAGAGGUGGUGUUCAUCAGAAUGUGCCGUGCCUUCGACUCUCAGAACAACACCGUGUACUUUGAUGGGAAAUAUGCUAGCCCCGAUGUCUUCAAAUCCUUAGGUUGUGAAGACUUUAUUAGCUUUGUGUUUGAAUUUGGAAAGAGUUUAUGUUCUAUGCACCUGACUGAAGAUGAAAUUGCUUUAUUUUCUGCAUUUGUACUGAUGUCAGCAGAUCGCUCAUGGCUGCAGGAAAAGGUAAAAAUUGAAAAACUGCAACAGAAAAUUCAGCUAGCUCUUCAACACGUCCUACAAAAGAAUCACCGAGAAGACGGAAUACUAACAAAGUUAAUAUGCAAGGUGUCUACAUUAAGAGCCUUAUGUGGACGACAUACAGAAAAGCUAAUGGCAUUUAAAGCAAUAUAUCCAGACAUUGUGCGACUUCAUUUUCCUCCAUUAUACAAGGAGUUGUUCACUUCAGAAUUUGAGCCAGCAAUGCAAAUUGAUGGGUAAAUGUAUCACCUAAGCACUUCUAGAAUGUCUGAAGUACAAACAUGAAAAACAAACAAAAAAUAUUAACCGAGACACUUUAUAUGGCCCUGCACAGACCUGGAGCGCCAACACACUGCACAUCUUUUGGUGAUCGGGGUCAGGCAAAGGAGGGGAAACAAUGAAAACAAAUAAAAGUUGAACUUGUUUUUCUCAUGCAUAUGAUUUCCAUUAUGCCUACAGAUAUGGACCCUUUUUCUGUCUCGACUUCUUGAUCGUUGACCUCUGUUUACAACAGAAGGAGGGUACUAAAGUUGGAGGAUUUCCUUUUCUUGUAGCUCACUGCCCACAGACUUUCUACAGAGUCACCAAUCUGUUAGUAACAAGAGAGUCCAGCAAUAAUCGGUGACUGGUGUGCAUAGCGGAGGUUGCAGCAUUACUUUGCACAACUUGUUCUUUGUUUCAUGAAGGAAGUUUUUAUUUUUUUCACCGAUUAUUGCCAGUCAGCAGGAUGGCACAGAAAGGGUCCAUAGCACUAGCAACAAUAGCAUUAUAAUAUAUUACAGGGUAAAUGGGCAUGAAGACUAUAUAUAGCUAAAAGAGAUAUUGUUUAUAUAUUGUUUUAAUUAAUAUAAAAUGUAGUUACUGGUGUAGCUUUUCCUGUUGAAUUGAUAAGGCACUUUCAUUUUGCACCUUUUUCUUUAAAUUAAAUGCUCGCGUGUUCACUGUCGUGUCGCAUGUGCACCAGAAACACAAGUUUAACUGAGAAGGCUUGGAAGGUACGUCGGGAGGUAUUUAUGCUGCUGUUUACAAAAUUACUUUUAAAAGACUGGCUGGUCAUAUCUAGAAACCAUGAUGUUGGAUUUUUUUUUUUUUACAUGUGAAUUUGGAAUUAGAAAUGGAACUCUCCCUAAAUUACACUUUGUGUUUGGGUAAGUUUAAGGAUAGAUGUGUUUAUGCUUCAUACAAAGUUGAAUGAUUGAUUGGUGCUGUGGACUUACAUCAUCAUGAAUUUUUUUUAAAAGCUUUUUAAAAUGCCACCUCUAGGAGGCAGGGGUGGGGAGGCUCAUUUUAUACAACUCAGUAGUUAUAUAGACUCAGUCUCAACUUGGAAUUCGUAUGCUUUGAGAACAAAUCAGUAGCCAGAAUAUCUUAUUGGAAUUCAGCUUUUGUUAUAAGGACCCAAAGAUUAUAUGUGGAGCCAUCGCACACUCCCCAUGUGAGGACAGGAAGCAUUCACUUUGUGAAUGUUUAUGUUCUUGGUAUGAUCUAGGAGCCCUAAGAGUUGAUCUCAGAGUGAACUGUUUCUAGGCUAGCUGCCUCUGGAUGCUAGAAUUCUAGAAUGUUGUUCUCCAUAUUUCAUAGACAAUGAAUGAGAGGGUGAGGGAGGCAUGCCGUGUUGAACAAGUUUGUUAUUUAAAUAUUAAAUAUUUUAAGCCUUUGAAGUCAGUGCUAACUGCAAACAUUUACUUUCCUAUUUAUCGUCGCUAGAAAACUGUGGACUGUAAUUUAUUUCAUUAAGUAUUUAGAAGAUUGUUUGGCUUUGGUGUUCAGGUGAGAAAUAGUGAGUUGUUGUUGUUUAAUUGUGUGGGUUUUUUAAAAAUAAUUCCCAGUGGAGGAAGGGAGAAAAACUGUCUGAUAUACAAGGGUGCAUAUUUUAAAAAUAAGUGACCUUUGGGAAUGUAGGCAUUCAGAUGAUGAUUUCAGUCCCACUCGGGGUAGGAGUCCAACUUCGGGAAAGGGAACAUCCUUCCAUAGUGUAAAGGUGCAAGUUUCCAAGCAGCCCUUUAUAGUGGAGAAAGUGUCCCUCCUUCCCCACCAGGGUCCCUCCUGGCUCUUCUGUGGGAACUGUGGCUCCCAGUGUCAUGCUGGAUUGCAGCGCAGGCUUCCCAGAGCCCUUCACUCUGCUUAUGACUCCACUGACUGACCUGUUUCCUGAGAAACUUGGAAAAGGAGAAAGAAUUAUUCACACAGAAGUGUGUAUGAAGCCUAAAUAACAUCUAAAUUUUUUUUUCUCAAAAAUAUAGUAAGGGUUUAAUCAUAAAUAAAAGACAAGAGUAUUAUUUACUUAAAUUUCUUACAAGCAUAUAAAACUUUAUGAGUGUUUAUAUAGAGAGGUUAACUAUAAGCAUAUAGUAUUUAUAUUUGGGCAAGAAGGGUUAAAUCAAAUUUUUAAUUUAAAUAAGCAUAGUUCCUUUAAAGAGCAAUAGUAUUUAUACUCUGAAAAAAGUACCAAGCUUAGUUCAGUUAUUUAUUUGUCUGUGUUUUUCCUAUUGUUUCUCCUUUUGGGGGAAAAUGGUGUAUUUUUAUUUUGGUUUGGUUUUGUUUUCUUUGUUUUUUGUCGUUCUGAUUCACUAAAUUUGGGGAUGGUUUUAUUAAAGUAUAUUAACUUCUUUUUAACCAAAGCUUUCUGAAUAUGACCAGCCUCAGGUGCUAGCGCAUAAAAGAGCAACUAAACCUAAUUCCAGUGUCCGUUUUUGAAAUGAUAAGAGUUCAUUGAACUUCUCUAAGGGGUGAGAGAGAACAUAAUGUUGAACUUAAAAGAAAUUCCUUUUUCCAGAAAGGAUUUUACAUGUACCUAAUGCAAAAACAAACCAACCAACAAACAAACAAAAAUGAUGCUCUAAUCAGAGUCACACCAUGGUGACAUUGCUUUUAGAGUAAACCAAGAUACAUUGACACGAUGCUGCUACUAGGUCUUUGUGAAAGAAAAGCAGGGUGUGGACUUUAAGAGCAAAGCACAGCUAGAGUGUAGAAACAGUGUAGUAGAGGCAUGCUCAAUGCAAUGAGGAAACAACUAUUACUUGGAUCAAAGUUGGGAUCUAAAGUUAAACAGUAAAUUCAGCUAGGAAAAAAAAAAAACCAGGUAUAGAAAAGGAUGUGGAAAACUUUGCAUUUUUAUUUUCUUAUUAUAGAAACACCUGUGUGGUGAUACAAAAUAUUUGGUGAUGCCGACCAAUUAUUCAUAAUAGUUCUUAUAAAGUUCCCUAAACUUAAAUGUCCACUAGUCUUUUUAAUAUUGGAAUCACCUCAUUGUCAUCCGGCUGCUAUAAGGCCUUUUAUAUAAUAUUUUAUAUCGGGCACAAAGACCGAAUGCCAUUGGUUACAGUGGUGUCCAGUUGGCUGCAUUCUAUUGUGAAGAAACUGGCCUUGGUCACAGUGGAAUCGAAAGUGCAGAUGAAAGUGCUUUCUUGGACAGUUUGCACAUUGUGUUAAAGCUAUGGAUUUUUUUUUAAGUGUUCAGCAUCCUAACUUACGUUAAAGCUAUGGAUUUUUUUUAAAAGUCUUCAGCAUCCUAAUUCACCCUUUCUAACGUAAGGAAAACAUGACUUAAGACACUGCUUCUAAGUUUGGUUGUUCUUUAUAGUGUGGAUACCCAGAUGUCUGUGAGCGUAUAGGGGUGGGCUGAGGGUCAAGUGAGAAGGGAGUGUGUGUGUGUGUGUGUGUGUGUGUGUGUGUGUGUGGUUUUUGUGUAUGAUGUGCGUGUGUCAGACCGCUUCUAGGCUACUAAGUGUCAAUGGAAAAGAAAAUGUAUUCAAAAUACUUAAAUCAAAACUAGAAGAUGGGGAAAAAAAGAUUUAUUCUAUACAAAGCCUUGUCUGGACCACUUUAGAGAGACUUCUAUUUUUUUAACCCUUCUAUAAAUAUUUGAUGGCACUUGAAAUAUUCCUGCAAUAAAAUGUGAUUUGUGUAAAGAAAAAAAAAGAUUUUGUAAUGUGAAACAAAGAAAGAAAGUAAUGUAAUUUUCUAAAAAAAAAAUACAAACAAACAAACUUUGUAUUAUUUUCUUGAUGGAAUUUGUCUAUCUGUCUUUGGAAAACUUUUUAUUUCAUUGAAUGUGCCAUAGUAGACAUAUGUGUUUUUAGUUUUAGACUAAGAAAUAGCUGUUUGUGUUCCGACAUUCCAAAAUGCAAAACAACCUAGUAGAAUCUUUAAUGAAAAGGUUUAAGUAGGAUGUAAGCUUCUCUCAUCGUUGCUUUUUUGCACAUGUUCUUCAUUCCUCUCUAGUGCAAUAUGUACAUAGAGCACUUGCGGGUGUACCUUGAUCCCUCAGGGAAAAAUACAUAUUUGUACAGUUGUUGUUGUUGUUUUUUCCUUUUGUUUUUGGCUAAGGAAUGUCGACUGAAUCACUUGUUAUUGUUGAGGGGCAGCCAGAUAAUAAUCCUAAAGCCACUGUUUCAAACAUUGAUUGUUUAAAUCAUGUGUCCUUCCAGUGCUAUUAAGAUACUAAUAAUAAAAAGUUAUUUUCUGACAGUUCUUUGUGCUGAUUGGUGAAAGAAAAAAGGGUAAAUAAGCACCUUAUGAUUGACUUAACUGUGAAUGACAAUCCAUCUGGAUAUCAACAAUAGAAAGCCCUAUCAUUUUGGAGUUGGGGUUAAGAGUCAGAAACAAUGUGCUCAGGGAUCUUCUAAAACUCUUAAAACAGGGUGGCCAGUACUACUGGGACAAAUUUUGUUUUUUAUUAUUAAUAAUAAUGAUAAUACUAUCCCUCCAAGGCACAAGUGAACUGUGUAGAACUAACUACAUGUGUGUAAAUUUCACUAUCAUCUCAUUCUGUUCAGUUCAGAACUUAUGCGUUCUUCAGUCUUGUGUACUUAAAAACAUUGAGUAACUUCCAGAGCUGUAGAAAGUUAUGCCAGUAUGUUCAAAAGAUAAAUUAAUAGGUCAUAUACCCACAGAGAGCAUCAUUCAAAAGACAAUCCUGCAUACUCCAUUUACCAUUUCUCGAAUAAUUGAAAUAUUCAUGAUAAAUAUAUUUAUAGCAUUAUACAGUAUAUUAAAAACUACUUCAAAUUCUACAUAAGAUGGAUAAAAUUUUUUUAAACCAAAUGAGAUAAGGGCCCUGCCUAUCAGUGGAGUGAGCAAGGUAAAAGGUAAAAUGUGUUUUGUUUUUUUGUUUUUUAAUGGCAGCAAACAACUAUUAUUUUCACUAUGUUCUCCUUUAGAAGCAAACCAAAAACUCCCUUUAAGUAACACAAGUCUUCUACUUUCACAUCUGUAGUUUUUAAUCUGUUGAAUUAAUACAAGAGCUAAUGUUUAAAGGUAAACAAAAUCCACCUGGUAACAACAUAAGCCAGCUUUUAGGGUCACGUUUUACAUUUUUGAAAUACAGUUCUCAUAUUUUAAUUUAUUGCUUUCGUUAAAGUCAGUGAACCUCGGUGUAAUUGUUGGCUUUGAUUCUUCCAUUUCACACUUGGAAUACACAUUCAGAUGGUUUUUACUUUUUUUUUUUUUUUUGACCAUCAUACAAGAGCAUAAUUUGGGAAAACUUUUCAUGUCAUUUAGCCUUUACCUUGUUUUUGAUAUGAUCUCUCAUAUAUAUACAUAUAUAUACAUAUAUUAAUUAUUGACAUUUUUACAUAUUAUAGCAUUCGAUUGCCACUUCUUACUUAGAAAAGGAUUACACAGCAAAAUCCCAUAAAAACUAGUUUAUACAAUAGAUCACAUUAUGUGCCCAGAAAGGCAAUAUCAACAGUAAAUCUUGAUCUAUUGCUGAUAGUCUACCAUACAGGUCUUCAUUCUAUCCCUACACACUAAUGUUAUUAAUAGGUUCCACCAGAUUUCAUUAAAGAGACCUUCCUAUGGUUGUUUAUUCUUAAGAGAUGAGAAGGCUAACAGCUAUGCCUUUAUGAAGCAAUUGGUCUCACUUCUGGGUCUGUUUGUUUGUUAGUGUUGCAAGUGCAAUCAGUUUUGUCAAGCUCUCAGAACAAUUUUAAACAUCAUCCAAAAGCCUGGUUUCAUGCCCAGGAAAUGUCAUAGAUGCGGGGGAGAGUGGGGAGAUCUUCAUGUUUAAACAGACCCUCAGAACUUAGAGCAACAAGUACAGUCAUCAUUUAUUUAUUUAUAAAUGAAUGACAGAGUAGUCAAUCCAAAUAGAAACAUUUUUUUUUCAGCAGUGAAACAUAAAAUGGAGUCUUGUGUUAAGAAAGUGAAUAUGAAUAUUUUAAAUGGAUGCCUAGAGAAUCUGUUUGCUGUUUACAUUUAGUAUGUUUACCACAUUAGCAGUAUCACACUUCUAUUUUUCUUUUAAGAACUAACGAAAGAUAGCUUGCUCUCAGCUUUGACAUGCUACACAUACCAUUCUGUUCUCUAAGAGCAACUAAAUUUUCUCCACUGUUCAUGUGUGGUUCCUUUCUCACUCAUUAUUACUUCCAUGUGGAUGAAUACUAUUUCUAGGAAGUUGGUCAUCAUUGAACAGAUUACAUAUGUAAAUGCAGAUAAUUCUUAAGCAUAUAGUGAAUAUGAUUUCACACACGCAAAAAUUCAUAUGUACUGUACACACUUUUCUGAAUCAAAAAUUCUCUUCUAUCCACAGUGGUUUGAAAUCUCACAUAAAACAGUGGUAAAUUUUUAUACAUUAGGACAUUAGCUGGCUGCUUCUUUAAAUGUACCUGUAUUGUCUGCCUGCUCCUUUUGUGGAGAUGUGUUUUUGUAUUGGAUGUUUGGGCCAAUGGGAGGCUUCAAGCUACAACAUAUUUUCCCAGUUUAAAUAUAUUUAACAUAUGACAACCCCCAGACAAGGCUUUUAAUAUGUAUAAAGAACUGCAGUGUUAGGUGGUUUAUUUGCAAACCGUUUUCAAUGUUGUCCAUUUUUAUGGCACCUUUAACAAUAUUCUUGUUUCCAAAGUACAAAAAAAAAUAGGUUAAAUAUCUAGCCAUAACUGAAUGUCAAGCAAUAAAACAAAUGACUUUUGUGCAUAGACUUAAAGAAAAUACAAAUUUUAGACAUCUGCAUGUAAAUGCAAUCUCUUGUUUACUGCUUUCUUCAACUCGAGCAAUUGAUUCCUUAUUUACUAUUAACUUAAGAACUUGUAAUGGCCUGUAAACAUUUUCUCUCUUACUCUUCUUUCAAAUUUACCUUCAUCCCUGCUUUUGAGUCAUAAUAUUUAAUGUUGUUCUGCACAUCUCUAUACAGUUAACUUUUUGGCUUUCAUUCUGUAUAGAUAAGAAAAUGUUAUAUUAUAAACAGCCUACUCAGUGCAAAUAUUUAUCUGUUUAUCAAAUCCACAAUAUGCUGUAUAAUACUGGUUUUACUAUAUAAUCUAUUUUAGACAUAGCUGUUUAGAACUAGAGUGUGCUAUUUUUGUGUUUUUCUGAUGUGUGGUGCUAGAUAAGUUACUUUUGUGAACAAAAAACCCUUUUAUUCCUAGACAAUACCACCUUUGGGUCUUGUUAAUUUCACUGAGUAUAACUAUAUAUUUGUAUAUAUAUACAUAUAUAUAUAUAUAUAUCUACCUGUACCCAACUGGCAGCUGUAUCAGAGUGCUGGAUUUGGGACAUGCUUUUCUCUUUAAAUACAUAAUAUCAUUAUAUAAAUUAUUCUAGAGUGUAUUUAAUUAGGAUAAAAUUACUUCCUUAGUAUGGAUAUUUGACAUCUAUAGGGUGAAUUUGUUUAUAAAUAUGGAUAUAUGAAAACAUAUUAGCAUUUACUUUAUGUUUGCUACUUGGCUUUAUACCACAUCUCCUGAACUGAAAAAUAAUUUGCCAGGCCUUCAAGAUCCUAAAGAAACACUCUAGUUUAAUGGAGUAAUCCUUUUUUUCUUACUAAGGAAUUAUAUUAUUAACACCUGACAGGGUUGUGUACUUAGCUCCUAUUCUAGAUAAUAGGCCUUUAUAUAACAUAGCCUGGGUGGCUUGAUGGUGGAAUAAACCGUUCCCCUCCUACCUGAGCCGUGAGAAGGAUGAAGACAUUCACUGUCGUGGCAGAACGUGGGCCACAGAGCAAAUUCGACAAAGAAUGUUCUGUUUUAAUAUGACCUCAGCCAGUUCCAUGAACUGAGUGAAGGACCUUCAUUUUAAGAGUCAUUUAAAAAUGCCCUUAAACUUUUUCACCUAUUCUCCCAAGACCUAUUGGCAUUGUUAAAAAUCAAAGUAUAUCAAAUAUCUAACUAAGGAUGUAGUUAACCUUAUUAAAUAUUGAUUAGAAUUGUUCUGUAAUAUUACUGAAUUUGUAAGAUCUUUAGCAAAGAUUUUUGAGCAAUUUAUAAAUAUAGAGCAAAUGUUUCUGUUUACUGCACUUUUUGUAAUUGAAGGUGAUAAAUUCUCAAGCCAUGGUUAUUGGCUUCCAUGCACUGCGUAUUUACCCACAAUUUAGACAUUUUCCAUUUUUAUGGAAGAGUUGCUGUUACCUUAAUUAUAAAUGCAAUCAUGUGGUUAAUGAAAGCUAAUGCUAAUAGUUAACCUUUUAAAGUGAAUUGGUUACAGUUUAAGGAGAAAUCUCUUUUAAUACAAAUCAUGUCAUUCCUUAUUGCUUCGCUUAAAAAGAGAUGGAAACUUUCUUUUAAAGCACCAUUCAGUAUCCUAAGCUUCCUGAAGAUAGAGAUUGUAUUUCUUUGUGUCUGCACAAUGGCCAGCACAUGCCAGCAUUUGAUCAUUGUUAAAUGACAAUAAAGUGUGCCCCAAUCCAAAUUCUUUUUCUGGGUUGUUACCAUAAAUUAUAAAAUAUGCCAAGCCUUAUGGUUCCCACUUUCUUCUACAACCAAGUUUUAAAUCCACAUUUAAAAAGACCACAUGAAAUGCUGAUUCUAAUUGUGUGUAGGUCUUGAAGAUUAAGCACACAAAUUUCACAAAACUCAUGAGUAACAAACUCAGCCUUCUGUAAAUAUACAUGCAAGUUUGGAAACAGUAAUACUGUACCUAUAAAUAUAUCUGUCUGUUUUGUGUACAGUAUGUAAAAACUUUUCUGCCACACUAAAAAUGCAAGCCAUUUAUGGGUAUCCUAAAAAUUGUAUUGUACUAAAACUUUGCUAAUGAUCUUUAUUAGAAGAUCAUCCAACCUUUCACAUACAUUGGGUUUUCUUUUCAAUUCACUCUUAAGUAGUCUGCUUAUUUCCAGCUGUUUGUUAUUUUAUUGUGUCCUGAAUUUAAAAAAAAAAUAUUUUGAUUCAUUUUGUAAAUACAAGCUGUAAAAAAAGAGAGAUUUAAUGUUGUCUUUUAAAUACUCCGAUUUUCAUUCUAAUAUGAAUGUUGUUAUAUUGUACUUAGAAACUGUACCUUUAAUAUUACAUUACCUUUAUUAAAAGUGCAUUGAACACAUCAAUUUUAGAUGUGCUUUAUGUACUGUUAUCCUAUAAUAAACCUUCAGCUUCUAAUGGAA